AUGAAGAGAAACGAUUUGUUUGUUAAAGCUCGUAAAAACCUUCUUUUUUCGCUAAAAAAAUCUCGAUUGUCUUUCUAUAUCAGGUAUCAAUACCUGCAGACUAACCAGACCAAAUUUCCACUACUGAAGUGGACCAAUUGUCGAAUGGAAGAGGCGUGCCCGCUCUGUUUUAAAAGCUUUCCGCUCAAAUUUCUUGAGCGGCAUGUCAAUUCCUGUCUAGAUACGGUCGGCACCGAAAAAGAAGAGACGCGGAAGAGCCCUGAGGCGGAGAAAGAGAGACAAAACGCAUUCACAGCACUUGGACUCCGUUCAGAUUCGAAAAAAGCCGCCGAUAAGAAUAAGAAAGGAGGUGCAACAUUGACCAGUAUCUUGUUGGCCGAAAAGCGAUUGAAAAAGAAGCAGGAAGACCUCGAACGGCGCAUCAGUUCUGAACUGAAUGCUGAAAAGUUGCCGGAGAGACAUGUGAUUGAUCUUGUUGAUAGCAUUGAUGUGGAGCCAAAGUCUGAAAAUGAUCAAUUGCUGAGUUCUGUGCCUACAAAUAUUGCUGCAGCCGAGAUAACACCUGUCAGUUCUCAGCACAAGACUCAAACACAAGAAUCGAUGGACUUAGAUCAGGAAGACGAAGAAGAUCAAUCGGCACUGCUUGCAUCUGCAUCAGCACUUUUACCUCAGAAAGUUUUGCUGCCUCACGAAGAGUAUAGCAAGCUAAAACGAGAGUCAGAGUAUCCAUUGGCCCAUAGACUCAGGCCCACGUCUCUCGAUGACUUCUUCGGUCAGGAAAAGCUCGCGGGCGAGAAUGGCAUUUUGCGCAACUUCAUUGCCGCGCAGAAUAUUCCCUCAUUUAUAUUAUGGGGUGUUCCAGGAGUUGGGAAGACUUCAUUGGCACGAAUUGUAGCCUCUUCAUCCAAACAUCGUUUUGUGGAGCUCUCUGGUACCGACAGCAAUGCUAAGAAACUUCGUGAGACUUUUGAAACGGCUCAGAAUGAAAAGCUGCGGUCGGGGACGAAGACGAUUCUAUUUCUUGAUGAGAUCCAUAGAUUCAACAGAGCUGUCCAAGACCUUCUUCUCCCUGCAAUUGAGAAGGGAGUCGUGACUGUGAUUGGAGCCACUACUGAAAAUCCCUCGUUUUCGUUGAACAAUGCCCUCUUGUCCAGAAUGCAUACGUUUGUUAUGGAGCCUCUCUCUCAUGAGGCUUUAGUCCGAAUAUUGAGUAAGGGACUUCUUCUUCUCAACAAAUCCCGAAAAAUCGUUUACAAGCUCCACCUUAUGGCUUUCAGCAAAGAAUCGCUUGACUACAUAGCCCAGUUGAGCACAGGUGAUUCACGGGUAGCCCUUAAUUUAUUGGAAUCUGUAAAUGCGUAUCUCUCGGGGCUUCAGUUCAAGUCCAUUGAUAUUCAGGAUGAAAGCAAUGAAACUUUUGAAAUCCCACCCAAAACUGGAAUCAUCAAGGUCUCAUUAGAUAAGCUUAAACCAUUACUCAAGACUAGAAACUUCCAACAAUCCUACGAUCGUAAAGGCGACAAUCACUACGAUACAAUAAGUGCCUUUCACAAAUCUGUUCGCGGCUCUGAUGCAGACGCUGCAUUGUUUUAUCUUGUUAAAAUGUUACACGGCGGUGAGGAUCCCCUUUUCAUCAUACGCCGAAUGAUAGUCAUUGCAAGCGAAGAUAUCGGACUUCGCGACCUGACAUGUCUCCCUUUUGCCAUUGCAGCACUUGAGGCCCUUCAAUUUGUGGGAAUGCCAGAGGGAGAAAUCAUCUUGGCGCAUUGUGCGGUAAAGCUAGCUCGAGCCCCCAAAUCAACGAAACUGUACCGAGCACUUCGAAAUGCGCAGGCGCUACUCAAAGAAAAUCCUCAAAUAGCUCAAUUGCCAGUUCCAAUCCACCUUCGCAACGCUCCAACUGCCCUUAUGAAAGAGUUAGGCUAUGGUGAGCUGUACAAGUACAAUCCGAACUUUCAACAUGGAUUGGCAAAACAAAACUUUCUUCCGCCUGAGGUCAAAGAUCUCCAUCUAGUAGAAGAGACCCAUUUGGGCCUAAAUGUGGAUGACAAUGUCGAUAAGAGUGAGUAUGAGGCAGCGGAAAAAGAAGAACAAGAAUACAAAUCGUUUAAAGCUCUACGGAAGAGUCAAAUCAUGGAUCAGAUGGCAAACUUUCGAAGGAGACACAAAAAGAGAAAGUUUCGCGCGAGCGAUUAUCUCUCUUCUGAUGAUAGAGCCGAAGGACUUUCCAGCUACGACGAAAAUCUCAGUAAAGACGCACAGCCUGAGUAUUUCGAUGGAACUGAGAUGGAUAAAUAUUCACAAGGGCUUGCUGAUUAG